UGGGUGCUCAUACAGUUCACACCUACCCAGAGUCUAUACGUUUUAGAUUCUUUCCUCUUUUUUCUCCCACGUCGGCAAUGGUACCUCUGCAUAAAUACUGAGAGCUCAGCGAGAGUUGUCUGUCCAAAAUUGACAAUGGGGUAUUGGUGUAUCAAUCUUUUGACAAUUGUUUCACUUCUGCUUCUGUUUCCAGUGAUUAAUGGUUGGGGAAUUGAUGGACACCUCACAGUAUGCAGAAUUGCUCAGUCCCGCUUAAGUGAAGCUGCUGCAGAUGCUGUCAAGCAACUGCUGCCAGAAUAUGCAGGGAAUGACUUAGGGAGUGUGUGCUCAUGGGCAGACGAGGUUAGGUUCCGUUAUCAUUGGUCAGCCCCUCUUCAUUUCAUCAAUACCCCAGAUGUUUGCAACUACAAAUACACUAGGGAUUGCGAGGAUGAUACUGGUGAAAAAGGAAGGUGUGUUGCUGGGGCAAUUAACAAUUACACUACCCAGCUUCUUACCUACAACAGUGGUUCCUCGCAAGCUGAUUAUAACCUGACAGAAGCCCUUCUCUUCCUUUCUCAUUUUAUGGGAGACAUCCAUCAGCCUCUACAUGUGGGUUUUGCUUCAGACAAAGGAGGCAACACCAUUGAUGUCCAUUGGUACAGAAGGAAACAAGUCCUUCACCAUAUUUGGGAUGCCAGUAUAAUAGAGACAGCAGAGGAAAGAUUGUACAACUCAAACGUGGAUGACUUGGUUGAUGCCGUUCAGAAAAAUAUCACGAAUGACUGGGCAGAUUUAAUUCCAGGAUGGGAGACCUGCAGCCUUAACAAGACAGCCUGCCCGGACAUAUACGCAUCUGAAGGUAUCAAAGCAGCAUGCGAUUGGGCAUAUAAAGGGGCGACUGAAGGGACCGUGUUAGAAGAUGAUUAUUUCCUAUCCCGUUUACCGAUUGUGAAAUUGCGGUUAGCUCAAGGUGGGGUUCGUCUGGCAGCCACGCUCAACCGCAUUUUUCAGUGACGAAUAUUUGGUUCUGGAAUUAAAUAGAGCAUCCUGAAGCCUUAUCUAUGCAAUGUAUCCCAAACUUUGAGGCAUUGUUUGCAAAUGUAAUACUACAUAUUGUCUUCUAAAAA